UCUCUGCUCUGCUCCUGUGCACUGUAAACCGCAGAGCCAUGGCGCAAACAGAGGCGCAAACAGAGGCGCAGACCUUCAGUGAGGUGGUGGAGCUGAACGUGGGUGGACAGGUCUACGUGACCCGCCUGGAGACUCUCAGAGCGGUGCCAAACUCUUUACUCUGGACCAAGUUUACGCAGAACUCCCCGCGCGACCUGCCCACAGACAGUAAGGGCCGCUUCUUCUUCGACCGCGACGGGUUUCUGUUUCGCUACAUUCUGGAUUAUUUACGCGACUCUGACCUUAUUCUGCCAGAGUUUUUCAAAGAGCGAAGAAGACUCCUAAAAGAAGCGGACUUUUACCAACUGCCAGAGCUGUCCAGGCUCCUGGACACGAGCAGUAAAGACACCUCCUCCGCAGAGGACAGCGGAGAGGCCGAGGUGUCCGAGCUCAGUCCAGUCACUUCAUCCUCGGACAGAGGGUCCCGGUCCCCGGGGGCCUGUGCCGGGUACAUCACUGUGGGAUACAGGGGCAGCUACACCAUCGGCAGAGACAUCCAGGCGGACGCCAAGUUCCGCAGAGUGGCCAGAAUAACCGUGUGCAGCAAGAUCUCUCUGGCCAAAGAAGUGUUUGGAGACACGCUGAACGAGAGCCGAGACCCCGACCGGCCCCCGGACAGGUACACGUCCCGGUACUACCUCAAGUACAACUUCCUGGAGCAGGCCUUUGACAGACUGGCGGAGGCGGGGUUCCACAUGGUGGCGUGUAACUCCACCGGGACGUGCACGUACGGAACCAACGACCCCGGGGAGGACAGACUGUGGACCAGCUACACCGAAUAUGUGUUCAGCCGGUGAGGCCGUGCGUAAAAGUGCGCAACGUGCCGUGCGUAAAAGCGCAUCACAAAUGCGCCAAAUGUAACACAUGAACUUUAAUCAGCUCCAGUGAAGCCGCUGCAGUUUCCGUGUUCUGUGGUCGCACUUGGACAUGAAGUGUCCUUUAUUUGACUUCCUCAUUUUUAAACGAGGACUCAUCCCGCACGCGCUCACGUGCACGACAGCGCGCGGGCUCAGCUCUGUCUCUGUCCCUGGAUCUGUCUGUGGAUCUGUCUCUGGGUCUGUC